GACGCCGAAAGAGGAAGCAGUGUUUCUCGCAGCCUCUCAGCAGCUUCCUCGCUCCUCACCCACGCGCGACCAUACCACGAACACUCGUCCGAAACCCCAGCAAGCGCGGACUUUUCGAGCCCACCUGUGACCGUCCUCUCUCUCUUUCCUUAUAUCGGUUUUAUUUGUUUGUUUGUUAUUUUUGGCGCCAACUUGGCAGUGGGAAGUUGAGGCGCAGGUGUGGCGAGCAUGGCUGACUGCGCGGCGAGCAACAGUGACGGCGAGGAUGGCCCCCGGGAGCCCAUGCGGGGCUUCGCCCGCCAAGGGGCCCUCCGGCAGAAGAAUGUCCACGAGGUGAAGGACCACAAGUUUACGGCGCGCUUCUUCAAGCAGCCCACCUUCUGCAGCCACUGCACAGACUUCAUCUGGGGCUUCGGCAAGCAGGGAUUCCAGUGUCAAGUCUGCUGUUUUGUGGUGCACAAACGCUGCCAUGAGUUUGUCACCUUCUCCUGCCCGGGAGCUGACAAAGGACCAGCCUCAGAUGAUCCGCGGUCCAAGCACAAGUUCAAGAUCCACACCUACUCCAGUCCCACCUUCUGUGACCACUGUGGCUCUCUGCUGUACGGCUUGAUCCACCAGGGCAUGAGAUGUGAUCACUGCAUGAUGAACAUUCAUAAACGAUGUGUGGCUAACGUGCCUAGCCUGUGUGGGACAGACCACACUGAGAGGAGAGGUCGCAUCUUCAUCACUGCUGAGAUCAAGACCAACGUGCUCACUGUCACCAUUAAAGAGGCCAGGAACCUGGUCCCCAUGGACCCCAACGGCCUGUCGGACCCCUAUGUCAAGCUGAAACUGAUCCCAGACCCUCGCAGUGAAAGUAAACAGAAGACCAAGACCAUCAAAUGCUGCCUCAACCCCGUCUGGAAUGAGACCUUUAAAUUCCACCUGAAGGAGUGCGACAAGGACCGCCGUCUGUCCGUGGAGGCGUGGGACUGGGACCUGACCAGCCGCAACGACUUCAUGGGAUCGCUGUCCUUUGGCAUCUCGGAGCUGCAGAAGCAGGGCGUGGACGGAUGGUUCAAGAUGCUGUCGCAGGAAGAAGGCGAGUACUUCAACGUUCCUGUUCCUCCUGAGGGGGAGGAGGGCGACGAAGAGCUGCGGCAGAAGUUUGAGAGAGCCAAGAUCGGGCCGAGCAAGAACACUGAAGGGAAAUCGGCCAACGCGGCUCGCUUCGACUCCAACGGUAACCAAGACCGCAUGAAACUGUCCGACUUCAACUUCCUGAUGGUGCUGGGGAAAGGCAGCUUUGGGAAGGUGAUGCUGGCAGAGCGUAAAGGAACGGAGGAUUUGUACGCCGUGAAGAUCCUGAAGAAGGAUGUGGUGAUCCAGGACGACGAUGUGGAAUGUACCAUGGUGGAGAAGAGGGUCUUGGCGCUCUCCGGGAAACCUCCCUUCCUGACUCAGCUGCACUCCACCUUCCAGACCAUGGACCGCCUAUACUUCGUCAUGGAGUACAUCAACGGUGGUGAUCUCAUGUAUCAGAUCCAGCAGGUGGGCAAGUUCAAGGAGCCUCACGCAGUCUUCUACGCCGCAGAGAUUGCCAUCGGGUUGUUCUUCCUGCAUGUAAAGGGCAUCAUCUACAGAGACCUGAAGCUGGACAACGUGAUGCUGGACUGCGAGGGACACAUCAAGAUAGCGGACUUUGGAAUGUGUAAAGAGAACAUGAGCGAUGGAGUCACCACCAAGACCUUCUGUGGAACACCUGACUACAUCGCUCCAGAAAUCAUUGCUUACCAGCCUUAUGGGAAGUCUGUGGACUGGUGGGCCUUUGGAGUACUGCUCUAUGAAAUGCUGGCUGGACAGCCUCCAUUCGACGGUGAGGACGAGGAUGAGUUAUUCCAGUCCAUCAUGGAGCAUCAUGUCUCCUACCCCAAGUCCAUGUCCAAGGAGGCCGUGGCCAUCUGCAAAGGGUUGAUGACCAAGCAUCCUGCCAAGCGACUGGGCUGCGGUCCCGAGGGCGAGCGAGACAUCCGGGACCACAGCUUCUUCCGCUACAUGGACUGGGAGAAGGUGGAGAACAAGGAGGUGCAGCCGCCAUUCAAACCCAAAGCUAAGAGCCGGCGUGACACGUGCAACUUCGACAAAGAGUUCACCAAGAUGGCGGUGGACCUGACGCCGACGGACAAGCUGGUCAUCAUGAACCUGGACCAGGACGACUUCCUGGGCUUCUCCUACACCAACCCUGAGUACGUGGCUCCUGGCAACUGAGAACGCAGGUGAAGAGGUGACGCUUCAUGUUGAAAAUGAAAAUGGUAUCAUGAAGAUGCACAAUACACGAUACCAAAGACUUUCCAAGUAUUGUGUCCAAUGACUGAAUGUACUUUAACAGGAAGGAAAUAACGUUCAUGUCCGCACUAUAUUGUAAUGAGAUCACAUUCUUUAUGGCACUGCUCAGCUGUCAAUCAUUUUGUUGUUUCAACUAGCAACCUUUUCUCAUUUUACUCUUUUUAAUUUCCUCGUUUUUAACUCUAUGGACCUCAAAUGAUCACAUGUUACUUUAUUGAUACUUAUUAUUAUUGUUAUUAUUAGGGGUGUACCGAUCUAAUAUGGAUAUUGAUCUAAGUAUGGGACGAUAUUGACUUAAAUUGCAUGUAAAAUCUGUGAUAUCAUGUGCGAUACAAGCAGUCUUGCAGAGUGUUUACUUGUGUGUGAUAUCAUAUGUGACACAAGCAUUCCUGCAGCUUGUUUACUUGUGUGUGAUGUCAUGUGCGAUACGAGCAGUCUUGCUGAGUGUUUAUUUGUGUGUGAUAUCAUGUGUGAUAGAAGCAGUCAUGCAGGUUGUUUAUUUUUGUGUGCGAUCCAAGCAGUCUUGCAACGUGUUUACUUGUGUGUGAUAUCAUGUGCAACACAAGCAGUCCUGCAGCAUGUUUACUUGUGUGUGAUAUCAUGUGUGACACAAGCAUUCCUGCAGCUUGUUUACUUGUGUGUGAUAUCAUGUGCAACACAAGCAGUCCUGCAGCAUGUUUACUUGUGUGUGAUAUCAUGUGUGACACAAGCAUUCCUGCAGCUUGUUUACUUGUGUGUGAUAUCAUGUGUGACACAAGCAUUCCUGCAGCUUGUUUACUUGUGUGUGAUGUCAUGUGCGAUACGAGCAGUCUUGCAACGUGUUUACUUGUGUGUGAUAUCAUGUGCAACACAAGCAGUCCUGCAGCAUGUUUACUUGUGUGUGAUAUCAUGUGUGACACAAGCAUUCCCGCAGCUUGUUUACUUGUGUGUGAUGUCAUGUGCGAUACGAGCAGUCUUGCUGAGUGUUUACUUGUGUGUGAUAUCAUGUGUGAUAGAAGCAGUCCUGCAGGUCGUUUAUUUUUGCGUGCGAUACAAGCAGUCUUGCAACGUGUUUACUUAUGUGUGAUAUCAUGUGCAACACAAGCAGUCCUGCAGCAUGUUUACUUGUGUGUGAUAUCAUGUGUGACACAAGCAUUCCUGCAGCUUGUUUACUUGUGUGUGAUGUCAUGUGCGAUACGAGCAGUCCGGCCGGCAGCGUGUUUACGUCUACGUGAUAUCAUGUGCAAUACAAGCAGUCCUGCAGCGUGUUUACUUGUGUGUGAUGUCAUGUGCGAUACAGGCAGUCUUGCAGAGUGUUUACUUGUGUGUGAUAUCAUGUGUGAUAGAAGCAGUCCUGCAGGUCGUUUAUUUGUGCGUGCGAUACAAGCAGUCUUGCAACGUGUUCACUUGUGUGUGAUAUCAUGUGCAACACAAGCAGUCCUGCAGCAUGUUUACUUGUGUGUGAUAUCAUGUGCUAUACAAGGAGUCCUGCAGUUUGUUUACUUGUGUGUGAUGUUAUGUGCGAUACAAGCAGUCUGGCAGAGUGUUUACCUGUGUGUGAUAUCAUGUGCGAUACAAGCAGUCCUGCAGCAUGUUUUCUACUGAUACAAGCACUCCUGCAGCCUGUUUAUUUGUUUGUGAUAUCAUGUGUGAUACAAGCAGUCCAGCGUUUUUUUCUUGUGUGUGAUGUCAUGUGCGUCACAAGCAGUCAUCGAAUGUGUUUACUUAUGUGUGAUAUCAUAUGCGAUAGAAGCAGUCCUGCAGAGUGUUUACUUGAGCAAAGUUAAACAGCCAGUUAACAUCUAAAUGUACUCCAAGAAGCACAAAAUUCCUUGUUUUUUGCUAUAGUAAUUUAAAAAAUGUAACUAUGGCAGCUACACAACACCUAACAAGUUCAAACAAGUAUGAAAUAAUUAUAGUUGCAUACUAAAAACACAUACAUAAACUCCAAGACAGAAGUCUAUUAGAAAGAAUCCAGUAACAAACGUGUCCGCAUCAUAUAACUUUCUCUGUCGUGAAAAACAAUUACCAUUCCACUUCAACUUAAAGACAGCAUAAAUCCAUUCCAGACGUUGAUAAUAACUUCAUGAUGUAUUGUGGCGAUUAGGUGUAGUACAAAAACAAAAAUAAAAAAUUCCCACUCCACUUUAAUUAAAAGUCGGCAUCACUCUGUCAUAAGUAGGGAUGGCUACCUGAUCUGGUAGUAAUCCUGCCGGUCCUACCGGGCACCGAUUUGCGUAAAAUCCAACGGUCCCUUUUUACGGUACCUGGGCUGCAUUUGACAUCACGCCUGGUUGGCAAACUCUUCCGCACUUGGCGAUCACUCCAGCAGCACUGAGAGCAGACUACGCCAAACUACCUCUAGGUAAUGCUGACUUGUUCAAUGCCAACAAAGAAAUUGAGUCAAACAACGCUCUAAUAAUGUAAGGCUCCACGUUUCCGAAUAUGUGCUAGCCUGAUGCUAAUAUGCAUUGUCUUUGCUAUGACAUGCUACUGAUUAGCAUUAACAAUUUUACAUGGCGAUUUCAAAACCUCCAAAUUUGUUAAUGGGAACUAUCAAACAGCUGUUGCGUAAUAAGUACAAUACUUACAGUAUUGACGUUUUUAGAGCGCAAUAAAAAACGAGAAAAACGCACUUCUAAUCCCAAUUUAGUGUCUAACUUGCAAAUGAGACCAAGACAAGUGAUAAUAAAACAAGAUAAUACAACAAAUGUGAUUUUAUUAUUAAAACCAGGUGAUAUGCAAUAAAACAUACAAAAGUACCAAAAAUCGGUACCGUUGAGUAUUGGUAUCAACUCCAAGGUAUUGGUACCGUAUAGGUUCAGAUGUGAACGGUACUCCUCCCUAGCCACAAGGUUUAGUGUGCUCCAUUCCCAUUUAAUUUGAUCAAACCUCUUCCAGAAUUUCAGAAUAAAAGCAUGUAUGAUUGCUGCUGAUAUCAUAUUGAAUCAAUAUCGCUCAUGAUAACCUAAAAACUGUAACGGUUCCACCACAACAGUUUGGGACAAGGUGGGGGGUGGGGGGGUUAUGAAUCAUAAUUCCUUAAUAACUUAAUUGCCAAAGUUAGACCAAAAUUAUUUAUGACACAAAUUGUUGCAUAAACAGUACAUACAAACCACAAAACAGUAAUAAUAUAAAAACUGUAAUAAACAAAAAAAUGUUGCCUCGCUCAUUAUGGAGGACCUAACGCCUGAUGAGCAAACUUCUUCAGGAACCUUUUCCUCCCACUCGUUUCAUUAUUUCCAUGCGUAGUCCCCACUUGGGCCGUGGCCCCGCUGGAGAGCAUCAAAUGGCGCCGUGUCAAAAGGUGGCGGCGGACACCAGCUGGCAAUGACAUCACAUUAAGUAUAUGCGCAUAUUGCAACGCAUUAACUAUAUGUGCAUAUUGAACACAUUAAGUAUAUGCACAUAUUUAGCACAUUAACUAUCUGCACAUAUUGAACACAUUAUAUCUGCACAUAUUGAACACAUUAUAAAUAUCUGCGCAAAUUGAACACAUUAUACCUGCACAAAUUGAACACAUUAAAUAUCUGCGCAUAUUGAACACAUUACACCUGCACAUAUUGAACACAUUAAAUAUAUGCACAUAUUGAACACAUUAAGUAUGUGUGCAUAUUGAACACCUUAUUAUAUCUGCACAUAUUGAACACGUUAAUUAUCUGCACACAUUGAACACAUUAUUAUAUCUGCACAUAUUGAACACAUUAAAUAUCUGCACAUAUUGAACACAUUAAAUAUCUGCACGUAUUGAACGCAUUAAGUAUAUGUGGAUAUUGAACAUGUUAUUAUAUCUGCAAAUAUUGAACACAUUAGGUAUAUGUGCAUAUUGAACACGUUAUUAUAUCUGCACAUAUUGAACAUAUCAAAUAUCUGCACAUAUUUAACACAUUGAGUAUAUGCACGGAUUGAACACAUUAAAUAUAUGUGCAUAUUGAACACAUUAAGGAUAUGUGCAUAUUGAACACAAUAUUAUAUCUGCACAUAUGGAACACAUUAAAUACCUGCACAUAUUGAACACAUUAAACAUAUGCGGAUAUUGAACACAUUAGGUACAUGUGCAUAUUGAACACAUUAUAUCUGCACACAUUGAGCAUAUUAAAUAUAUGCGCAUAUUGAACACAUUAUAUCUGCACAUAUUGAACACAUUGAGUAUAUGCACGGAUUGAACACAUUAAAUAUAUGUGCAUAUUGAACACAAUAUUAUAUCUGCACGUAUGGAACACAUUAAAUACCGGCAUAUAUUGAACACAUUAAACAUACGCGGUUAUUGAACACAUUAGGUACAUGUGCAUAUUGAACACAUUAUAUCUGCACAUAUUGAACACGUUGAGUACAUGUGCAUAUUGUACACAUUAUAUCUGCACAUAUUGAAUACAUUAAAUAUAUGCACAUAUUGAACACAUUAAGUAUAUGUACAUAUUGAACACAUUAUAUCUGCACUUAUUGAACACAUUAAGUACAUGUGCAUAUUGAACACAUUAUAUCUGCACAUAUUGAACACGUUGAGUACAUGUGCAUAUUGUACACAUUAUAUCUGCACAUAUUGAAUACAUUAAAUAUAUGCACAUAUUGAACACAUUAAGUAUAUGUACACAUUGAACACAUAUCUGCACAUAUUGAACACAUUAAGUACAUGUGCAUAUUGAACACACUAUAUCUGCGCAUAUUGAACACAUUAAAUACAGUAUAUGAGCAUUAUUGAACAAAUUAAGUGUAUGUGCAUAUUGAACACCUUAUUAUAUCUGCACAUAUUGAACACGUUAAAUAUCUGCACAUAUUGAACACAUUAAGUGUAUGCGCAUAUUGAACACCUUAAGUUUAUGUGCAUAUCGAACACAUUAUAUCUGCACAUAUUGAGCAUAUUAAAUAUAUGCGCAUAUUGAACACAUUAAGUAUAUGUACAUAUUGGACACAUUAUAUAUGCACAGAUUGAACACAUUAAAUAUAUGUGCAUAUUGAACAUAUUAAGGAUAUGUGCAUAUUGAACACAAUAUUAUAUCUGCACAUAUGGAACACAUUAAAUACCUGCACAUAUUGAACACAUUAAACAUAUGCGGAUAUUGAACACAUUAGGUACAUAUGCAUAUUGAACACAUUAUAUCUGCACAUAUUGAACAUAUUAAAUGUAUGCGCAUAUUGAACACAUUAAGUAUAUGUACACAUUGAACACAUUAUAUCUGCACAUAUUGAACACAUUAAGUACAUGUGCAUAUUGAACACAUUAUAUCUGCACAUAUUGAACACAUUAAGUACAUGUGCAUAUUGAACACAUUAUAUCUGCACAUAUUGAAUACAUUAAAUAUAUGCGCAUAUUGAACACAUUAAGUAUAUGUACACGUUGAACACAUUAUAUCUGCACAUAUUGAACACAUUAAGUACAUGUGCAUAUUGAACACAUUAUAUCUGCGCAUAUUGAACACAUUAUAUCUCUACAUAUUGAACACAUUAAAUACAGUAUAUGCGCACAUUGAACACAUUAAGUGUAUGUGCAUAUUGAACACCUUAUUAUAUCUGCACAUAUUGAACACAUUAAAUAUCUGCACAUAAUUAAAACAUUAAGUAUAUGUGCAUAUUGAACACCUUAAGUUUAUGUGCAUAUCGAACACAUUAUAUCUGCACAUAUUGAGCAUAUUAAAUAUAUGCGCAUAUUGAACACAUUAAGUAUAUGUACAUAUUGAACACAUUAUAUCUGCACAUAUUGAACACAUUGAGUAUAUGCACAGAUUGAACACAUUAAAUAUGUUGGCAUAUUGAACAUAUUAAGGAUAUGUUCAUAUUGAACACAAUAUUAUAUCUGCACAUAUGGAACACAUUAAAUACCUGCACAUAUUGAACACAUUAAACAUUUGCGGAUAUUGAACACAUUAGGUACAUAUGCAUAUUGAACACAUUAAAUCUGCACAUAUUGAACAUAUUAAAUAUAUGCGCAUAUUGAACACAUUAAGUACAUGUGCAUAUUGAACACAUUAUAUCUGCACAUAUUGAACACAUUAAAUAUAUGCGCAUAUUGAACACAUUAAGUAUAUGUACACGUUGAACACAUUAUAUCUGCACAUAUUGAACACAUUAAGUACAUGUGCAUAUUGAACACAUUAUAUCUGCACAUAUUGAACACAUUAAGUACAUGUGCAUAUUGAACACAUUAUAUCUGCACAUAUUGAACACAUUAAAUACAGUAUAUGCGCAUAUUGAACACAUUAAGUAUAUGUGCAUAUUGAACACCUUAUUAUAUCUGCACAUAUUGAACACAUUAAAUAUCUGCACAUAUUGAACACAUUAAGUAUAUGUGCAUAUUGAACACGUUAUUAUUUCUGCACAUAUUGAACACAUCAAAUAUCUGCACAUAUUGAACACAUUAAGUGUAUGCGCAUAUUGAACACCUUAAUAUAUGUGCAUAUUGAACACAUUAUUAUAUCUGCACAUGUUGAACACAUUAAAUAUAUGCGCAUAUUGAACUAAUGAAAUAUGUGCACAUGUUGACUAAGAUGCAAAAAUCAAGGCUGACUUGGAUAAGCAAUUAUUUGAAAUUCAGCAAAUCUGCCCUCCAGCUUCCAAGUACGUUAAUGCCAGCACUCUACUGUACUUUACUGUACUCUACUGUACUCUUGUUUACACUCUGACAUACAUAAUGCAGCGGGCAGCAUUCAAGUGCAAUGAUUAAGUGAAGCGUAACAAGACACGGUUGUCUCCUGGAGCCAAACAGUAGUUCUCAUAAUCCACCAGUCCUCAACUCUCCUAAAGCAGACUUUCAAUACACAUUUGAUAAAUACUACACACAACAUGUAUUAUAUGUGGUUUGGUACACAUCAGGGGGGUCCACGCUUGCGCUAUAUAUAUAUAUAGAAUAAGCGGUAGAAAAUGGAUGGAUAUAUAUAUAUAUAUAUAUCUAUAUAUAUAUAUAUAUAUACAUAUAUAUAUACAUACAUAUAUACAUAUACACACAUAUAACCUCUACAUAUGUAUCUGUGUAUAUGUAUUUAUAUAUAUGUAUACAUGCACACUCCCGUAACCUAAUGACAUAUAGUGUAAAAUACAGUUUUUCUUUCCAGCCACACAGCAGGGCGUUGGUUGUGACAUAACAACAAUCAUUUGUACAAAAAUAAAGAAUGUAGGUUUUACAAUGUUGUCAGGAAAUGAUCAGAAAUACUUCAGUUUGCAAUGAUUCAAACAAACUAAAACAGAAUGGACGACAACACAAUUUUUCAACUGCUUCAACUUCAAAACCCCCGAGACUGCUACAAUAUGGAGUAUAAUCAAUAAAACAUUGAAUAUUAAGGUAUGAACAGUAAAUAUUAGGAGUAUAAACAUUAAAACAUUAAAUAUUAAGAGUAUGAACAAUAAUACAUUAAAUAUUAAGAGUUAGAAAAAUAACACAUUCAAUAUUAAGAGUAUGAACAAUGAAGCAUUAAAUAUUAAGAGUAUGAACAUUACAUUUUAAAAGUAUAAACAUUAAAUAUUAAAACUAUGAACAAUGAAACAUUAAAUAUUAAGAGUAUAAGCAAUAAAACAUUAAAUAGUAAGAGCAUGGAAAAUAAAACAUUAAAUAUUAAGUGUUUGAUCAAUAUAUAUUAAGAGUAUGAACAAUAAAACAUAAAAUAUUAAGAUUAUGAAAAAUAAAACGUUAAAUAGUAAGAGUCUAAACAAAAAAAAUCUAUAUUAGGAGUAUGAACAAUAAAUAUUGAGAAUAUAAACAAUAAAACAUUAAAUAUUAAGAAUAUGAACAAAAAAUUUGAGUAUGAACAAUAAAACAUAAAAUAUUAACAGUAUGAACAAUAAAUAUUAAGAGUAUGAAUGAUUAAACAUCAAAUAAAAGUAUGAACAAUAAAUAUUAAGAGUUUAAACGAUAAAGCAUCAAAUAGCGCCCCCCGCGACCCCGAAAGGGAAUAAGCGGUAGAAAAUGGAUGGAUAUUUUAAUAUUAUAUAGUAUUAAUAGUAUGAACAAUAAAACGUUAAAUAGUAAGAGUAUAAACAAUAAAACAUUCAAUAUUAAGAGAAUGAACAAUAAAUAUUGAGAGUAUAAACAAUUAAACAUUAAAUAUUAAGAGUAUGAACAAUAAAACAUAAAAUAUUAACAGUAUGAACAAUAAAUAUUAAGAGUAUGAACGAUAAAACAUCAAAUAAGAGUAUGAACAGUAAAUAUUAAGAAUAUGAACGAUAAAACAUCAAAUAAGAGUAUGAACAAUAAAUAUUAAGAAUGUUAACGAUAAAACAUGAAAUAAAAAGAGUAUGAACAAAAACAUUAAAUAUUAAGUGUAGGAACAAUAAAACAUUAAAUAUUAAGAUUACUAAUGAUAAAAUAUCAAAAAUUAAGAGUAUGAAUGAUAAAACAUCAAAUAAUAAGACUAUGAACAAUAAAAUAUUAAUUAUUAGGAGUAUGUGAACGUUUGACUCCUACUUUGUUUACUUCCGUGACAACCACCUUAAAGUUUUGUAAUCCAUCAGAAUAUAUAUGAAGCAGCUGAGAGUAAGUGUUUUGCAUAUUACCCAUCAUGCAUUUUAGUGGAGGGGGUAUAAUUUUGAUUGAUGUAUGGUGGUUGGCCAUGCUUUAUACUGUUCACUAAGUUCAUGAGCAAGAGAUGUGUCGUGUGUGGACUGUUUGGGUUGCUUCUAGUGUAUUUGCACCCUGAGUGGGAAAGGUUGUUUGCUUUGGCUCGUACAAAUUGAUGCUGUCAAACUUCUGAAAAUAAUUCAUGGUCAUUGACGAUACUUCCUAAUAUCAACCAUAACUGUCUCAUGUCUAAGGUUUGAUUCAAGUGGGCCGAAUGUCUUAAUACAUCAAUGACGUCUCGUGGGCCAGACAGAAGACGCUGGUGGGCCCUAGUUUAGACAGCCUUGGUAUAAAAAUUACUCUACCGUCACAUUUUUAGCCCUUUUUUUUGAGUCUGUCGGUAAAAUGUUCAUUUGUGGAGGUUAACCUUUACUUUGCGAAUGAAACCACGCUCCACCCUCUCCAAAAGUAUCAUUAAAUUCAUUAUUUGUAAAUCUACAUUGUUAAAUAUAUAACUUGAAGACGAACAUUCCUGCUAUUUUUUUAAUCACGGACAAAAAUCCACUCCAGGGUUCCCCCGACAUGUAUUUCAUCACCACGGCAAAAUACAGCCGGCACACCUUAAGAAUGAGGCGUUUUCGUUUUUUUUUUUAUGUGAAAACUAAUUAAAGGCCGACUGAAACCCACUACUACCCACCACGUAGUCUGAUGGUUUAUAUAUCAAUGAUGAAAUAUUAACAUUGCAACACAUGCCAAUACGGCCUUUCUAGUUUACUAAAUUGCAAUUUUAAAUUUCCCGGGAGUUUCUUGUUGAAAAUGUCGCGGAAUGAUGACGUGUACGCAUGACGUCACGGACUGUCAGGAAAUAUGAGCGCUGCACACACACAGCUAAAAGUCGUCUGCUUUAACCGCAUAAUUACACAGUAUUUUGGAGAUCUGUGUUGCUGAAUCUUUUGCAAUUUGUUCAAUUAAUAUUGGAGAAGUCAAAAUAGAAAGAUGGAGUUGGGAAGCUUUAGCCUUUAGCCACACAAACACACAGUGAUUCCUUGUUUAAAACUCACAGAAGUGAAGCUUUACUAUGGAUCAGAGUGGUCAAGCGAACAUGGAUCCCGACCAAAUGUCAACCAGCAGUUUUCGGUGAGAAAGUUGUGGUAAAAAGUCGCCACUUACCGGAGAUCAGCUGAGCUUGAGCCGUACAUACAGCUGCCGUCGACUUCCAUCACACACUGGCCUCAAGACACCCGUGGAAACACCCUUCCGACUAUCAGGUACUAUUAAACUCUCUAAAACACUAGCAACACAAUAGAAAGAUAAGGGAUUUCCCAGAAUUAUCGUAGUAAAUGUGUCUAAAAACAUCUGAAUCCGUCCCAAUGCAAUCGCGUUUUUAAUUUUUUUUUUCUAGUCCGUCGCUAUCAAUAUCCUCAAACACAAAUCUUUCAUCCUUGCUCAAAUUAAUGGGGAAAUUGUCGUUUUCUCGGUCCGAAUAGCACUUUUUGUUGGAGGCUCCCAUUAAAAUCAAUGUGAGGAUGUGAGGAGCCAUCAACGGGUGACGUCAUCGUCUGCGACUUCCGGUAAAGGCAGGGCUUUUCUGUUAGCGACCAAAAGUUGCGAACUUUAUCGUGGAUGUUUUCUACUUUCAGCAAAAAUAUGGCAAUAUCGCAAAAUGAUCAAGUAUGACACAUAGAAUGGACCGGCUAUCCCCGUUUAAAUAAGAAAAUCUCAUUUCAGUAGGCCUUUAAAGUAAUAUAUAAUAUGAAUGUAUGACCUAUUGUUUGCAGACUAUUGACUAGUAAUGUAUUGAAAAUUUGACAAGUGGAGAAAAAAAAAGAAAAGACUUUGAUUACCGAAACUUGAUGUUGUAAAAUUGUAAAAUAUGCAAACAAUCUCGACUUUUAAGGAGAGCAAAUUCAGUUGGAGCAGCAACAUGACACAAGUAUGACGUCAGUACAGUCUCUAAUAACACCAGAAAAAAAUGCUAGAUUUUUUGCUAGUCCUUUUUUGUAAAGAAAAAGUCACCUAAAGAAUGGGAGAAGUCUCUAGAAAUUUUAACAAUUUUCGUCAAAGUAUAUGCUAGCGGGUUAGCAUUAGUCAGCGCCAAUUCACUCAAAUUCAACCAAUCCCUGCGUCCUCGCAAUGUUGUUUUUUUGCACACAAAACAUAAUUAUUGACCAAUCUAUUUCCUAAAAACUUGUUGAGUACAAAACAUCAAAUAAAUUCCAUCAAAUAAAUUCCAUUUAGUUGUUUUUUUAAGUAUACAAAUUGUGUUGAAAAGCCAAAACCAAUUCAGAUAGGGAGGGUCCUGGAAAUAGAAUUCUGCUUUUAAAAAAAAAAUGCCAAUUGAAUAAAUGACAGAGCACUCCAUAUGCAAUUUUACUACAAACGUAUUCCCAGCCCCCUCCUGCUCUGUCACUGAUGAAAAUAUACUAGAAUAACAACAAAUUCCCAGGAGAUCCGUACUUGUCAGAGAUGUUGUACUAAAUAAUCUUUAACAAUUUCCUUCCCAAGAAUUUGUUUUUGUAAAAAAAAAAAAUGCAUCAAAUUUAAUGGUUAAAAAAAAGUAUAAAAUGUUUUCCACAUAAUUAAAAAUAUGUUUAUCUCACAAGUCAGCAUUUUAAUCUUUGUAAUAAAAUUGUUGAUACAGCUCUCAUUAAAUUAAAAAAAUAAAUAAAUAAAUAUGUUUUGGGGAUUGUUUUGCCUUUAAAGUUACAGUGUUUUUCACACUGUUGAAUUACUGUAAAUUGUUUUUUUGUGUUUUUUUUUUUUUGCCCUAAAACUUACUGUUUUUUUUACGCUGUUUAAUUACUGUAAAUUGGCAAAAACUAGAUGGAUUAAAAAAUAUUUUUGACCUAAGAUUUAUGGUGUUUUUUACGCUGUUAAAUUACUGUAAAAUGGUUAAAAAAAAUAACAAUAUUUAAAAAAUGUUGCCCUAAAUUUAUGGUGUUUUUCACACUUUUGAAUUACUGUAGAUUGGAAAAAAACUUUAAAAAAUAAAAUAAAUUUGCCCUACAAUUUACGGUGUUUUUCACCCUGUUGAAAAAUUGAAAAAAACUACCAGUUAUUUCAACAGUUAAAAAAAAUCGGCCCUUUUUUUCAUCUCAUUCAUUGAGUUACCAGUGUUUGUUCACAAUAAGAUUCUGACUGAGCAGCCGUUUUUUUUUUUGCAAUGUACAUUGUGUUCCUAAUUAUGUUUUUGUUUUAUUUUUAAAUUACAUCUGAUUUUUUUUCUUCCUGAUUCAUAUUUUUGCUGAUUCAUUGAGCAUUUAAUAGACGCCGACUACUGUGUGCGGAUUGUACGUUAGCUUGGUUGUACAAGGGGACGUAUUUUAUGUCCUGCCUGUGUGACCAAGUACUGUAAUAUUUCAUCUCAUGUAUUACUGUAAUUAGUACUAAGAGUUCUACUAUGCAUGCAUGUGCUUUCAUAUUUUGUGUUUAUGAUCUGAGUGUAUCUGCGUGAAGUUUCUUUUGAUGCUAUGUGGAUUUAAAAAACAAAAAAGGGUAUGGUUAUUUGUGCUUGUAAUGUAAAUAUAUACAUAUAAAUAUAUAAAUAUUAUAGAGUACAUGGUGUGUGUGUGUGUGUGUAGUGUACAUAUAGUGUAAUACAGGGUAAGAGUCUUCCAUUAUGAUAGGAAAAUCUACACACUGAUGUUUUUGAAAAACCUGCAAUACAGAAUCGCUAUGAAUAUUAAUGACAAUUUAGCUAUUAAUUAUGUUACGUUCCUCCAUUUCUUUUAAUGUCCUCCCCUUUUUAUUCAUCUUGUAUCACAUUUGCUUCCUGCGGCUGCUUCUCCGACAGUGUCGCUCUCUCGCCGAUGAUCUUCUCCUCUGUCGCGUUCUCUUGUCCCCAAACGUGAACGCUCCCUAUCGGCCGCCAUCUUUUGCUUUUAAUCAGGUGGGGUGUUGCAAAAGGGAGAAGAAGAGCAAGAUGGCCUUUUAUGUGCGAUAGCAGACCCAAAAGAAAAUGUGAACUGUGCUGUUUAUGAUUGUAGAAUAAUAAAUUAUGUUGAAAAAUCAA